GCCACUGAGUGUGACGGUUGGAGACAACCAAAUUCAAAUUCCAAAAAUCCAAUUUGGGCCUUCUCAGAUAGACCCGAAUAGCUCCCAAGGCUUAGAAGCGAGCAGUGCUGACCGACAAGCGAAAUCUAACGCCCUCGAGGAGAACCAAUUCUCUAGGACAAAGAAGAGAAGCACGAUUCAUCAUGGGGCAGACGCUGUCCGAGCCGGUGACCACCAAGAACUCGGAGUGCUGCUCCAACAGUGCCUACCGUGUCGGCUCCAGCUGCAUGCAGGGCUGGCGUUCGCACAUGGAGGACGCGCACACCCACAUCCUGGCCCUGCCCGACGACCCGCAGGCGGCCUUCUUCGCCGUUUACGAUGGCCAUGGUGGCGCUACGGUUGCCAACUUGGCGGGCAAGCAUCUGCACAAGUUUGUGACCAAGCGGCCGGAGUACCGGGACAACGCGUUUGAGCUGGCCCUGAAGCGGGCCUUCCUUGACUUUGACCGCGAGAUGGAGCACAAUGGCUCUUGGGGUGACCAGAUGGCUGGCUCCACCGCCGUGGUGGUGCUCAUCCGGGAGCGACGCCUCUACUGCGCCAACGCUGGCGACUCGAGAGCCAUUGCCUGCGUCGCCGGGGUGGUGCAGGCGCUAUCCGUGGACCAUAAGCCCAACGACGAGACCGAGAUUAAGCGAAUUAAGGCCGGUGGCGGCUGGGUGGAGUUCAACCGGGUCAACGGCAGCCUAGCGCUGUCCCGUGCCCUCGGCGAUUUCAUGUACAAGAAGAAUAGGGAGAAGCAGCCCGAGGAGCAGAUAGUCACCGCGGAUCCGGACGUGGAGGUCCGCGACAUCACCGACGACUGGGAGUUCGUGCUGCUGGCCUGCGACGGCAUCUGGGAUGUGAUGACAAGCGUCGAGGUGGGCCAAUUCGUACGCAGUCGCAUUUCCGAGGGCCUGCAGCCAGAGGUGAUCUGCGAGGAGCUGAUGACCAACUGCCUGGCCCCGCGGCUCCAGGAAGUGGGCCUGGGCGGCGACAAUAUGACUGUGAUCUUGGUGUGCCUGCUCCACAACAAGAGCUACGAGGAUCUUGUUGUUCGCUGCGGCGGCAAGCGGAAGGUCCCUCCCGUGGAGACCCCCAAGACUAUGAGCAGCAUCACAGAGCAGCCGACUCUGAAGGUGGUCACGCCCUCAACGUAUCCUCACGGAGCACAGAGCACCUCUAGCUCCCGAUCGAGCAUGAGUUUGGGACUGGGCCUCCAGAAGAGCGAUUCUCGCCGGGAGGGUUCCUAACUAAUAUUCAAGCCACAUCGCAUUUCCAUUAACUCCUUGUUCUCAUUACCAUGUUUCGGUUCACACAUAUCCCUGUUUCGGGUUAGGGGAUCUGGUUCGACAGCCAUCGUCCUCACUAAUUUCAGCUUAAAUUCUCAGUUAAUUUUGUGUGGUUUCUCCUCCUCCUCCUUUACCAAAUUGUAUCAACAAAAACUACCCAGGCGACUACUUCGAGCUCUUACAGUGUACAAUUGAUUACCUAGGACGGAAUGGAGUCCAAAUAUAAGGAUGUUAUAAUGAAA